CGCGGGUGGAGGCCACGCUGAAGCCGGUGGGGCGGGAGCGCGGGGAAGCGAUCUCCGCGGCCCGCGCACUCCCCCGGGACUGGCACCUCGCUCCGUGGGUGGGGCACAGGGCCCUGCAGGGGAAAGUGAAGUGAUGAAGCACAUGUGAUUUGGAGACAGAAGCCAGAAACUCCUCUGCCUUGCCACGUGCCAGCUCUGUGAUCCCAGCCGCUGUGGCACAGUCCUCAGCAGACAAGGAAAUGAGAAAAGUACCAAACAGUGGGAACCUGAGGGUGACGAAGGUGGCGUACCCGCUGGGGCUGUUCGUGUGCCUGUUCACCUGCGUCGCCUACAUCAAGUGGCACUGGGCCUCCGCCCCCCGGGCCUUCCUCGGCAUCCCCGAGGUGGCCACGGGGGCCCGGAGGGGCCAGCAGUCCCGCAGUCCCCCGGGGACAGCUGCCCGCGGGCCUGAGGUCUUCUACGGCAUCAUGUUCGACGCGGGGAGCACUGGCACCCGAGUGCACGUCUUCCAGUUCAGCCGGCAGCCUGGAGAAACUCCCACCUUGACCCAUGAAACCUUCAAAGCACUGAAGCCAGGUCUUUCUGCUUAUGCUGAUGACGUUGAUAAGAGCACCCCGGGAAUUCAGGAGUUACUGGACAUUGCUAAACAGAACAUACCCUUUGAAUUCUGGAAGGCCACCCCCUUGGUCCUCAAGGCCACAGCUGGUUUACGUCUGUUACCAGGAGAAAAGGCUCAGAAGUUACUGCGAAAGGUGAAAGAAGUGUUUGAGGCGUCGCCGUUCCUCGUAGGGGACGACUGUGUCUCCAUCAUGAACGGGACGGACGAAGGUGUUUCCGCGUGGAUCACCGUGAACUUCCUAACAGGCAGUCUGAAGACCCCCGGGAGGAGCAACGUGGGCAUGCUGGACCUGGGCGGAGGGUCCACCCAGAUCACCUUCCUCCCGAGAUUCGAGGGCACCCUUCAGACCUCCCCGCCCGGCUUCCUCACGUCCCUCCAGAUGUUUAAUAGGACCUACAGGCUCUACUCCUACAGCUACCUGGGGCUCGGCUUGAUGUCAGCGCGGCUGGCGGUUCUAGGCGGCGAGGAGGGAAAGCCUGCUGAGGAUGGAGCAGAGUUGGUCAGCCCUUGUUUGUCUCCCGGUUUCAGAGGAGAGUGGGAGCACGCUGAAGUAACGUACAGGGUGUCAGGACAGGAGGCAGGGACCCGAUUUCCCGGCAAGCCUCCAGUGAGGGAGGAUCUGGACGUCCCUCGGCUUCGAGCAGACAGCCAGGCGUGGCUGUGGGCCUGGCAGCUCUGUGGGAAAUGGCUUCUCCUCCCACACCCGCCACCUGUGCUCCUGCGAGGGCGGGAGAGGCCACAGAGCCCCAGGCCUGUCUCACCCACAGGGUCCCGCGGCUUUGUGCUCUGAGUUUCUUCUAAAAGAGAUGCUGAAGCGUUGUGUCCAAGCUGGGCACGUGGGCGUGAGGUUUGCCUCUGGUGACAGGGCUGUUGCUACUCACAGCACUUCUGACGCCAAACGUGGGGGUUUUCCCACAGCGGCCAGUCCUCUGGCAGCAGCAGGGUGUCCUGCGAGUCACUUCGUUCCGACACUGACUUCCAGAGUCAGUGCAGCCCCCAUCAGAUGAGGCCCUCCCCGACCUUUGCAAGUGCCGGGCCUCCCAUUCUUCUGACAAAUCAGGGGUUCCCACGGCCUCCUCCUCAAAUUUGAUAAUUUGCUGGAAGCACUCACAGAGCUCAGGGAACAUGUUCCUAUCACUGGUUUCUUAUCAAGGACACAGCUGAGCAACAGUGAAAUGGGAGAGAGGCACAGGGCAGGCGUGUCAGGAGAGCGCCCGGAGCCCCCCUCUCCCCGGGAGCCCCCCUUCCCGGGAGCAACCCCCUCUCCCUGGGAGCACCCUACCCCCGGGAGCAUCCUCUCCCUGGGAGCAGCACCUGCAUGUGUCUCCAACCCGGAAGCUCUCUGAGCCCCAUCGUGUAGGGUUUGUACAAGGCUCAUGGCGGAGGGACUGACUAACUCAGUGGCUGCUGGUGACUGACUUAAUCCCCAGCCCCCCGCCCACUCCCUUAGGGGUGGGGCUGAAAGUUGCAGCCCUCUAAUCACCAGCUCCGAUCCUGAAGCCAUCAGGACCCACCCGGAGUCACCUCAUUAGCACAACCCAGGUGGAUUGAAAGGGGCUUAUUAUGAAUCACAGAACGCCUCUCUCACUCUCACCACUCAGGGUCUUACAAGGCUUCACAAUCUCUGUGCCAGGAACCCAGGGUGGAGAACAAAUGCAUGUUCCUUACUAUCCAGUGAUAAACGGAAGGGGGCUGUGGGUACCGGGGGAGAUCGCGGUCUAAAGACAACCAGGGAAGGCCUUAUGGGGUGAUACCUGAGACAAGACGUGAAGAAAUGGGAAGUGAGCGCCAAGCCGAGGGAGCAGCACAUGCAAAGGACCAGAGGCGGCUGCUAUGUUUAAGGAACAUGGAAGAGGUGGUGUGAUGGGUCAGACGAGGGAGAGUGCAGGGAGAUGAGGUCCCAAGUGCAAGGAUGCAGCUCCCAGGGCCCUGGGAGAGCUAAAUGGAGCUGCCGUCAGACGUGGAGCAGGGCUGGGGCAAGCUCAGACCUGGGUCCAGGUGUGGGCUGUGGGCAUCCAUGUCCACUGACUCAGUCUUGUGUUGUCGCUCUCCUUCUGAGCAAGGAGUCAGUGACCAGCCCUGUGAGCUUGGCACGCUGCCUGUAGGCCCCAGCUUCCUCAUCUGUGACAGGAGGGAGGUGCAGGCCCCACCCAGGCGGCUGGUGAGAUGGGGUGGGACAGUGCACACUCGAGCUCAGCACAGGGCUGGCAGGGUGAGCGUGGGGUGGACCCACUGGGCUGCGUCACGGCAGCUGGAGGCGCCCAGCUGGAGGCGCGUGACCUUCAGGGUCGGGCCACACUCUCUCGGGCCACCUUUUGUGCUCACAGUUUCUCCCCUUGAGCUGGCCGCAGCACGUGGCCCCUGAAAAGUUGCUGGUGAGCACCCCCAGGUCGCAGUCACCCUGGGCUAUGUGGUCAGGCGCCCAGAGCCCACUGACCGCUGAGUCUGCUCUCCCUUCGCUCCAGCGGGGAGCCUUUACCAGCUGUGCGCCCACCGAGUGUCCGAGAUCCUCCGAAACAAAGUGCACAGGACGGAGGAAGUGAAGGACGUGGAUUUUUAUGCCUUUUCCUACUAUUAUGAC